AUGUCAACAGGACCCUCCCUAUCAGCUGUCAAGCUGUAUUGUGCUGUCAUCAGGGUCUUUAACAGUUGGUCUCGUACAAAGCUUAUUCUUCAUAAUUAAAUAAUUUUUCUCUCAUCAAAAUAUGGAUGAAAUAGAUAGUUUGAAAAAGAAAAUUAAAGAACUCGAAAACGAGUUACGAGAAAAGAAAGAUAAGGAUGCAGCAGCAACGAGAGAAAAGAUCGAACAUAUGUCAGCAGAGGUGGUGGAUUCGAAUCCUUAUAGCCGAUUGAUGGCAUUAAAGCGUAUGGGUAUUGUUGACAAUUAUGAGAAGAUACGAGAAUUAACAAUAGCUAUUGUUGGAAUUGGUGGUGUUGGUAGUGUAACAGCAGAAAUGUUAACAAGAUGUGGCAUUGGAAAGCUGAUAUUAUUUGAUUACGAUAAUGUAGAACUUGCAAAUAUGAAUAGAUUAUUUUUUCAACCACAUCAAGCAGGUCAGAGUAAAGUGGAGGCAGCGGCAAAUACUUUGCGUUAUAUAAAUCCUGAUGUGGAAAUUGAAAUGCACAAUUACAAUAUCACAACUAUCGAUAAUUUUUCAAAUUUUAUGAAUACAAUAAGUACUUCCAGCUUGGAAAAUGGACCAGUCGACUUAGUAUUGAGCUGUGUUGAUAAUUUUGAAGCUCGUAUGGCAAUUAAUACCGCAUGUAACGAACUUAAUCAGAAAUGGUUUGAAAGUGGUGUUUCUGAAAAUGCUGUUUCUGGUCACAUUCAAUUUAUUGUGCCUGGUGAAACGGCCUGUUUUGCAUGUGCUCCACCUUUGAUUGUAGCGUCUAGCAUUGAUGAGAAAACUUUGAAACGCGAAGGUGUAUGCGCUGCAUCAUUGCCCACUACUAUGGGUAUAGUAGCAGGCUUUCUUGUGCAGAACACUUUAAAAUUUUUACUAAAUUUUGGUCAAGUAUCCUACUAUUUGGGUUACAAUGCUAUGGAAGACUUUUUUCCUAAAAUGACUUUAAAACCAAAUCCAAAUUGCGAUGAUGCACAUUGUAGACAGAGACAAAAAGAAUAUGUAGCAAAGCCAAAAAGUCAACAAGAAUCAAACAAAGUUAUUGAAGAAAAAGCUGUGCAUGAAGAUAAUAAAUGGGGAAUUUCAUUAGUCGAACAAAGUUGCCAUGCUGAUGAAAACACGUCUGCAUCAACUUCAGGUGUAAGAUAUGUAUAUACUAUUCCUACAUCUACACCUGCAUCCAAUUCAGAAAGAGAGCAAACUGUUCCUGAAUCUACAGGACUAAGUUUAGAAGAAUUAAUGGCAGAGAUGAAAUCUAUUUGAAAAUAGUGCAGUAUAAAAAAGUACACAUAUUCCAUACUCAAAAAAUUUUUAACUUUAUAUUCGAUAUCAUAUAUGAACUAUACUUUAUUAUUAUAAA